UGUUUAACCCUUUUUUUCUUUCUUUAUGGAAAUGCGAUCUGUGCAGAUGGAGUUGACUUUGCUGUUUCAUGUUUUACAUUUUGAAAGAUUGCAAAUUUCGUUGCAGAUUCUCUCAUCCAUUAGAAGAACAAAACAAUGUUAAAACUACUUGUUAAACCCAAAAAAGAAGAAGAUUAAGACUAGUUUGUAACAGAUUUAUACUGAUUGACUGCUCAGUUGCUAUUGCCCAUUUGCUGUUAAAGGCUCUCUUAAAGCGUGCUUAAGCCUGAAGCUCAGAUAGAUGUAUCAAGUAGAUAUUGAUCAUGGGCAAGAGAAGCAAUCGCGUCCCCCUGCUGCAGAUGGGGGCGAGGAAUCAAUCCAUGCUGUUGGACAAGAGGGGAUGGGUCAACAAAUCCAUCUUGAGAGGAGAAAAGGGAAAUUGACUUCCAAGUUUACUCUGGUGAAUAUUUCCACUAAUCUACUAUUGGCAUACCAAAGUCUGGGGGUGGUAUAUGGAGAUGUGAGCACUUCUCCGCUUUAUGUCUAUAGGAGUAUCUUUGUGGGGAAGUUGCAAAAUCAUCAGAAUUCAGAAGCGAUAUUUGGUGCAUUUUCACUGAUCUUCUGGACAAUAACGCUCAUUCCUUUGCUCAAAUAUGUGUUCAUUGUAUUAAGUGCAGAUGAUAAUGGUGAAGGGGGUACAUUCGCUCUUUACUCUUUGCUGUGUAGACAUGCAAAGUUUAGUCUACUUCCCAACCAACAGGCAGCAGAUGAGGAGCUAUCUGCUUACAAAUAUGGAUUCUCCGGGCAGUCGGCAUCUUGUUUACCAUUGAAGAGAUUUCUUGAGAAGCAUAAGAAGUCACGCACAAUACUGCUUAUUGUUGUAUUGUUAGGUGCUUGUAUGGUCAUAGGAGAUGGUGUUCUGACUCCUGCAAUGUCAGUUAUAUCAUCAAUAUCAGGGAUCCAGGCUGCUACUGAACAUCUAUCUCAUGGUGGUGUGCUACUUCUUUCUUGCAUAAUAUUGGUUGGCCUGUUUGCUCUACAGCAUUCUGGAACCCACAGGGUUGGAUUCUUGUUUGCACCUAUAGUGACUAUUUGGUUGAUAUCUAUUUUUGUCAUUGGGCUGUAUAAUACUAUUUUUUGGAAUCCCAAAAUUGUGUCUGCCCUUUCUCCAUAUUAUAUCAUCAAGUUCUUUAAGGAAACUGGGAAAGAUGGUUGGAUUUCUCUAGGAGGUGUGCUCCUCUCAAUUGCAGGUACUGAAGCUAUGUUUGCAGAUCUUGGUCAUUUCACUGCCUCCUCAAUGAGGAUUGCAUUUCCAUUUUUUGUAUACCCUUGCUUGGUGGUACAGUACAUGGGUCAAGCUGCUUUCCUGUCCAAAAACAUUGCUUCAAUUCCAAAUAGCUUCUAUAAUUCAAUACCUGACAUUGUAUAUUGGCCUGUCUUUGUUAUCGCUACCCUUGCAGCCAUUGUUGGCAGUCAGGCUGUAAUCACUGCUACAUUCUCCAUCGUGAAGCAAUGUAAUGCACUGGGUUGCUUCCCACGGGUCAAGAUUGUCCACACUUCAAAGCAUAUUAAAGGGCAGAUCUAUGUCCCAGAAAUAAAUUGGAUCCUAAUGAUUCUGACCCUUGCUGUGGCUGUUGGGUUUCAGGACACCACUUUAAUUGGAAAUGCAUAUGGUAAGCCUACUAGUCUUUUGACAAUCUCUAUUCUAAUUCUUCAAAUUCCACUGUAUGAUACUGCCUUCCUACAUUUCAUUCUCAUAGAAAGUAGACUAAUCCCCAUUAUAUGAUCUUCGCAACUAUCCCAAUUAUAUCACCCUCCGAAAUAAUUGAAUUUUUCUUAUGCAUCUGUCAGAUCUGUGGUAGUAUUAUAUUUAUUGGUAUGCAGGUGAAGAAAUAGAAUGUUGACAUAUCCAACAUUAAGCCGUCCAAUGUGCCUGAGCUAAAAUGUUCACAAGUAAUUGUGUUUGCCAAAUAUUUCUGUUAUACCUGAUUACUCUUCAUGAUUGUGUAUUUGUUUCCUCAAACAUGCUUCUAAGCCUCUCCUUGUGCCUUUUGCAGUGUCUUUGGUCUUCUUUUUGAAAAACCCUGAUGAAAAUAAACACAUAUGAAAUCGAAAUGAUGAAUGAUGUGAACAUGAAGGAAUCU